AUGUGUCGUACCGGUCACAGUUUGUCAGAAGACAUCAAAGAGGAUGGUCAUGGGGUACAGCGCGUGGGCAUGGUCUCUUCUUGGAUCAACAGCUUUCCGGACAUCGCUGGGAGUUUCUUAGAUGAAAUGGACAAUAUAUUAGGCUUUCGACUCUCUCGUAUUAUCGCAGAAGGGCCGAAUUCAGAAUUGAAUAAAACAGAGAAUUCGCAACCUGCUAUUAUGGCAACAUCAAUUCUCAUCCUUCGAAUCUUGGAACAGAGGUUUGGGUUUGAUACGAAAUCACGUGUGGACGUCACCCUUGGUCAUAGUCUGGGAGAGUUUUCUGCUUUGGUUGCUGCGGGUUAUCUUGAUUUUUGCGACGCCCUUAAACUAGUCCGACGCCGGGCAGAGAUAAUGGCUGACUGCACGCGACAAGCCUCCUCGGAAUCUGGCGAAGAUUAUGGGAUGGUAGCGCUCGUUUGUGAACCUGAUCAUCUCAACGGGUUGCUUGCGACGAUUCAUGAAUUCCUAGGCCUUACGGCGUCUAGUCUGAAAGACGAUAUGAAUUACGGAAUGCCAUCUAUUGAAAAAGUUAUGGUGGCAAAUGUCAACUCUAAGAAUCAAAUAGUGCUGAGUGGCAGCAUUGAAAGGAUAAGAACUCUUCUCAUACAGCUUCGUCAAUUUGGGGGUCAUGAUCCACGUGCAGUGAGACUAAACAGUGAGAGCCCGUUCCACAGUCCCAUAAUGGCGCCUGCGACAGAGUACAUGAUUCAUGCUCUUGACAACAUUAGAAUCAAUUUUCCAGCGCAUAUGCCAUGUGUAUCGAACGUUUCUGGUCUUCCUUUCCGCUCGGAAGAGGAACUAAAGAGGCUACUAUCACAACAGUGUGUUGAUACUGUGCGAUGGUGGGAUAGUAUUCGGUAUCUAGACCAAGAGAGGGGUGUCAAACGUUGGAUUGGCAUAGGCCCCGGGAAAGUUGGCAGAAACUUGGUUGGGAAAGAAGUUGGUAAGGUCAUGGCUAAAGGAGGUGGUGUUUGGGCAAUAUGUGAUACUCGCGAGCUUGAAGACAUUGUCAAGAGUCUUGAACAGACAGAGGUCGAGGUUUUGUGUGAUUAG